AUGACGGACAAACUGCCUCCCAAUCUCCUUGCUCUAUUCCAACCCCGACCUCCCCUCCGCUACAUCCCUCCUCAAGACUCGGCCCCAGAAGAGAAAGCUCUCAAGCAAUCUCAGCUAUCUGGAAUAGCCGCAUUUCUUCCGCAGCUGGAGGAGUACAAGGCGACCGAUGUGUACGAAGCUACCGAGUCAUGGCUGCAGCAGCGCGAUCGCAAGAGACUCGAGAAGAAACUGCGCCAGCAAGAGAUCGAACAGCCCGACUUUCAAGGCUACAGACCAAAUGAAGAUCCAAAGAUCAAGGGCGACGCCGUCAAGACUCUGUUCGUCGGCCGCUUGAGCUAUGAUGCGAAAGAAGCAGACCUGGAGCGUGAGUUCGGCAGGUUUGGUCCCAUCGAAAGAAUCAGGAUCGUCAAGGAUGAGACAACCCCCAAACCCAAGAAGCCGCAUAGAGGGUAUGCUUUCAUUGUCUAUGAAAGAGAAAAGGAUAUGAGAGGUACUUUCUUCUACGCAAACCCUUCUGCCCUUGACCCUUCUUUUCACACCAAAUAUUCAAUGAUGGUCUCCGCAUCAAAGACCGGAGAGUCGUGGUCGAUGUUGAACGUGGCCGCAUGGUCCCGGGUUGGAGACCGAGGAGAUUUGGCGGCGGUCUUGGUGGACGAGGAUAUACCAAGCAAGUCCCUGCAAAGCCUACAUUCGGACCGCCAGGUGGGUAUGGUGGCGGGUUCAGAGGUGGCUUUGGCGGUCGUGGUGGCUUCCGCGGUGGUUUCCGCGGCGACCGAGGGGGCUUCGGUGGUCGAGGUGGCAUUGGGUACCAAGGAGGGGGAGGCUUUGGCGGACGACAAGGCUACCAGAAUGGACCUCCGCCCCCCAAUGCGCCCAGCGGACCCGGUGGGAGAGGUGGCUAUGGCGGAGGCUAUGACGACCGACGCAAUGGAUAUGGUGGUGGAAGGGACCAACGCGGCGCAACCGGCAGCAACACCGAUCCGCUCGGAGGACGAGAUCGUGGGUAUGACAAUCGAGACAGAGAUCGUGACCGCGACCGUGACCGAGAUCGAGACCGUGACCGAGACCGCGAUCGCGACCGAGAACGUGAUCGAUACGGAAGCAGCAGGCGAGAAGACGACUAUGGCUCGAGAAAACGACACCACGAGAACGACGGGUAUGACGAUCCCAGACAACGCAGAAGGAUACUACAACCUCACCCAAGCUGAGAAGAACAGCUCGGCAACAUCAUCUCGUCGUGUCUCCCAAGAAUCCAACGCCAGCAAGUCCUCAAAGACAUCGCAAAGGAUCAAGUCCACCAUCAAGAACGCCCUUGAUCAACUUCGACCAACUACCGAGACGUUGACCCCGGCGGGUAUCUACUCGCCAGUCAUUCAGAAAGGCACGCUCUUUGGGCGCAAGCACGCACCGGCCGAGGUCAGAGACGAGACGUCAAAGGCAUAG